AUGGUCCGGGCGGGGGGGCUCAGCCCGAGAGGCGGCGGCCCCGGGGACGCCCGGCUCCCCCGCCGCUCAGCGCCCACCGCCACCACGGCCCACAAGGCUGAGUCCCACACAGGUCACUCAGUAAGAAUUUUUAGAAUUUGGCUGGUUCCUAUCUUCUGCUGUAUUACCCAGUAUGGAGGGACUUCUGCUGAGGAUGUGCCAGUGUCACAGCUUCCAGUCAGGAGCACUCAGCUGACUGCUGCCCCACAGCAGCUGCACUGGGACCCCUUUGCUCUCCUGCCACAGCUGAUCCUGCUCCACUGCUGUGCUCCAAGGCACUGGAAUUUGCUCAGACUCCACCAGGAUGAAGGAGGAGGUGUUAGGCAGAGGAGAAGACAUGGGCAUGUGUCUGCUCAGCCAUUUGCUGCUCUACAGUGUCAAGUGCGCUCCAUGAAUGUGCUCUACCUCUGCCAAAACACCAGUUUGUAUUUCCACAGCAUUCCUGGAGCCAUAAAAGUGUCAUUCCACACCUCCUCAGGUGUUAAAGCUUAUUUAAAAACUCCUUCAUCCCCUAUGGCAUUUUAUAGCUCUUGCUCUAGAGACCUGAAGUUGACUGGACGUAAGCUGGUGAAUCCUUAUUUUGGGAUGUUCACAGCUGAGCUCCUUGAAUUUGAAGGGAUUCUGCAUUGAGAGCUUGGUCUCCUGUUAUGGAAACAAGGCCUAUAGUUAUACCUAGUCUUUUCUUAGUUCUGUACUUACAGUUCCUCAGAGUUAAUUUCAGGUUUUUAGUACUCCUAAGCUCCCUUUGACCUCUCUUUGGCCCAAAAAUGCAUAGCUUUGU